ACAACAACACAUUGAAUAAUCUACAGAACCACGUGACGUUUCCAUUCAUUAUGAACAUCAUUUUGUGAUGUCAGUGUGUAUUUCAUUAGGAGAGGCAGAGCGAGUGGUUCGAGAUUUCUGUGUUUGCGUGGACGGAGAUGAUUCGCUUCUAAACAGCGGUUUUUGUUUUAUAGAUUCAGACUAGGAUGGAUAACGGUAAAGCGCUAUGGAUUUCCUCGUCAAAAUAUCGUAAUGGAUUUCCAAAAUAUUGCUGUUAAAGUCUGUGAUAAAUGACGGAGAAUCUCUCGUUUCUUUUCCUUCUUUUUUUUCUUUAAUCAAGCGUGUUCGUUUUUUUAUUAUUAUUUUUGGUUGGAUGACGAAUCGUCUGUUUCGCUGUAUAACGUUUCAUUAAUCAUCAAGAUCAAAAGAUUUUUUUUCAAAAAAUAUAUAUAUAUGUGUGUGUGUAUGUAUUCACGGAAUGGAACUGAUUUUAAAUGAAGCAUUGUUUCGCUGGCCCGUUGUGUCCGUAUGUGUACGUAAGCUUUAGACUUGACGCCAGAUCAUUAUCGUGUAUGACGGAGCAUGCUGCAAGUAGGAACAUGCGCAGUGGCAACUGAGUAAGUCUGUCCGUAUGUAAUGUGUCCCCGCUCGUUGGUGUUGACUUGGUGUUUCUGUAAUGCUGAGUGGGUGACUCUUCAGCUGUCUCGUGUCUUCUGUGCUCCACAUUUUGCCAGUCCGUUCUUUAGAAUGAACUGCCGUUGUCGUCUGCUCUCGCGGUGGUUCGUGGAGGGGAUCUCCAGGAAUCGUCGGCCAUGAUAGAUGUAGAUGUCAGCUCAGGGACUGCUCAGAGCAGAGAUGGGGAAGGAUCGGGGUCGAAUCUGGGUUCCAGAGCUUCCUCGCUGCGACACCACUCACCAUCGCCCGGUUCGUACCACCACAUCGGCCACCACGCACAUGGCAUGAGAAAGAGGGAGCUGGCGACGUCAGUUCAUGGCUCGGCGGGGGACCCGGCGCUGCUCACACCUGUGAAGGAAUCAUCUUCCUCAUCUUCGUCGUCUGCUACCGCGUCUGCCAGGAGAGCGCGCGAGACUGCCAAACCCGAGGUAAAAAUAGCUCCCAAUCCUGUCGUGUGCUCAGACCUUCCGCCAGUCGGACUCGGUGGCGAACCGACUGCAGUGGCAGUGAACAUGGGGGUCCUCUCGCAGGACGACGCGGUCGCCGUCCGCGAUCGCUACUUCGCCCACCGCGACCCUCGGGAGAUUCCAGACACGUACGCCAUCCAGAGGAGCAAGCAGUCGACCAGGAGGGUGGUGCUCAACGUCGGAGGGGUGAAGCACGAGGCCAUGUGGCGAACUCUCGACAGAAUGCCCCACACGAGACUGGGCAAGCUCCGGGAGUGUCUCUCGCACGAGGCCAUUCUGGAUUUAUGUGACGACUAUAACCUCAGUGAAAACGAAUACUUCUUUGACAGACACCCGCGCUCUUUCGCAUCCAUUCUUAAUUUCUAUCGGACGGGCAAGCUGCAUCUCGUGGAGGAAAUGUGUGUGCUUUCGUUCAGCGAGGAUAUGGAGUACUGGGGGAUCGACGAGUUGUACCUGGAGUCGUGCUGUCAGCACAGGUACCACCAGAAAAAAGAACACGUGUUCGAGGAGAUUCGCAAGGAAGCGGAGAGUAUCAGGGAGAGAGUGGAAGAAAAUUUUGGAACCGGUUCUUGUGCAAAGUGGAGACAAAAGGUUUGGGAUUUGUUAGAAAAACCUACAACAUCGAUGGCAGCAAGGGUGCUGGCUAUCAUUUCAAUCCUGUUCAUCGUGUUGUCGACAAUCGCAUUGACAUUAAAUACCAUACCGCAACUCCAGGAGCGGACAAACCCCAUUGAACCUGCGGAUAACGCCCAACUUGCAAUUGUCGAGGCUGUGUGUAUAGGCUGGUUCACUCUGGAAUAUUUAGCCAGGUUUUGGGCAUCCCCAAAUAAAUGGAAAUUUUUUAAAGGCCCCUUGAACGUUAUUGACCUCUUAGCCAUUCUUCCGUACUUCAUAUCUCUAAGUUUGACCGAAACUAACAAAAGCACGACGGAACAGUUCCAAAAUGUGCGCCGAGUUGUACAGAUAUUUCGUAUUAUGAGGAUCUUAAGAAUUUUAAAACUUGCUAGACACUCCACCGGUCUGCAGUCCCUAGGCUAUACGUUACAGAGAAGCUACAAAGAGUUAGGAUUGCUGCUAAUGUUUCUUGCCAUUUCAAUCCUUUUGUUUUCUAGUUUAGCUUAUUUUGCAGAAAAGGACGAGCCUGAAACAAAGUACAAAAGUAUCCCAGAAACGUUUUGGUGGGCAGCAAUCACCAUGACCACGGUGGGAUAUGGUGAUAUUUAUCCCAAAACUGGUCUUGGAAAAAUUGUUGGUAGUGUGUGUUGUAUAUGUGGUGUUCUUGUUAUUGCUCUGCCGAUUCCUAUCAUAGUCAACAACUUCGCCGAGUUUUACAAAGACCAAAUGCGCAGGGAGAAAGCGUUCAAAAGGCGUGAAGCUUUGGAGAAGGCAAAAAGGACAGGUAGCAUUGUGUCCUUUCAUUCCAUCAACCUGCGUGAUGCCUUCGCUCGCAAUGUUGAUCUCAUAGAGGUCAACUCUCAAAGUUACAAGGACAACAACAUUAACGGGUGCAGCGACGGAGAGAAGUGCGCUCCAAGCCCGCCCCCUGGCGUGUUGAAGAACAACGAGAUGAUGGGACACCAUCAUCCUGACAUGGACAGCUGUGAUGGCAACCAUUUUCCAGUGAACAACAGUAGCACCAACAACCUUCUCGACGAAGACGAGGAAUCGCUCAACAGAAUGACGUCAACGCCGUUACUUAAUACACAGUCUCAGGGUAGGUAUGACCCAGUGCUGCCAGACAAAAGUUGCAUCGAAAUGAAACAGCUUCACCGCCAACCCAGCUCAACUAGCACCGACACAUACGCCAGCUGCACCACCCAUCCCCAGGACAGCCCAUCCAACUUCGCACAGCCCACCGCCGAAAGUCCCAAACAUAACCUCUACGUAAACCCACUGGAUGCUUCUUCAUCGCGACUGCCAAACCCUCAGUCGCAUUACCCACCUUAUCACGGACACUUCAACGAUCUGAACGAGUAUUACAACCAGCAGCAGCAGCAGCAGCAACAACAGCAGCAGCAGCAGCACCACCACCACCAAGAGACCGGAUUCAACAGACCCAGUGUUGUUCAAUUCUGCCCAAACCAGGUAGUCCAGAAAUUGGACAGUGGCUUGACGACCACCUGGGAAUGUGAGAGUUUUUUCCCAAAUCCACCACAAUCGCCAGACUCUGGGGGAGGGAGACUGCAGCUUCGCCCGUCGCUGCCUCCUCCCAAGAAAUCCAGCUUUAAAAGAUACAAAUCGCUUUCCGUGGAGAAACAUCCGCGGUUUGCGGAAAUCAUAAACGAGAGGAACUGCUCUUCCACGGACAAUCUGCACUCUCAGGAGUUCAUAAAACCAAAGUUAAAGUUUCGAAAAGCGGUGUCGUUGGCAAAUCGUCUGCACGCAAGCAGCCCAUCGACAGGCAGGAGGCUUGCCAACUAUCACCUUAUAGCAAACACUAAAUCAGGUUCUUUACCAAACAGUAGGCAAAACUUGGACCACGUAAAUCAUGAAAAACUGUCGCCCGUUCAACGAUCUAGUCCAUGUUUGUUCGAACCUUCACCAGCUAAAAAGAGGUCCAUUUCGAAAAGAGACGCGUUCGAUUGCGAGGAAACGGAGAACCUUCUCCUGGCAGCUUGCAGUCACGGCGAGUGUCCGGAGGUAACGCUUUCUGCGCGGAACGGAACCAUUUGUGAUAACAGUGUAUACACCAAUUCGAAAAUGCAGUACCAGAACAAUAUAUCGAAACAGACACCUUCAAAUCUCAGCGCUCAACCACACCCCACCAACUUAAAAUACAUGAACAUCGAAAGUGCGGCGGAGGACGACCAUCAGUUGUUCUCCCUGGGUAGUCCGGACAGGUCGGAGGAAGAGGUGGAAUUCAGUGACAGUGUGGCGAACCACGCCAAAAACAACCUGGUGUGGAAGGCCAGGUGCGCCCGGCCCAUAACGUCUCCGCUGUACGACACGAGUCCAUCGGACAAUCUGGAGAACGACGACAGUUUAAUAUAUUCGAAUUCUGCUGAUUAUUCCGGAUUCUCGGACUCGAGUCUUUCCGACCCAAACCUCUUGCGAUCUUCCCCGUCUAGCGACCUGGUCAGUCGAACUGGGGAGAGUCGGACGAGCGGGGAGGACCACACGGUCAGUGUGUACGACACGGCCGAGUCCGGACCCCCGGACAGUGACACCAACAUGGACGGUAGCACUGUAAAUGUGAUUUCCUCCGACGAAAAUAGAGAUAUGAAUUUAGUGUUUCCAGAUUCUAGCGGAUAGUUACAACUUGGUUUGAAGGACAGCUGGAAAUAGAUAAAGACAGGACGAUUGUGGAAUGGGAUACCGUAUGUUACUGAGUGUGGCGAUUACGUUUUAGCCCAGCACAAUGUGAUUUGCGAUACGACAUGCAGUAGCCAAUCAAGCCGAGAUGCAUCCAUUCUUCCAGCUCGUCUGAUGUAAUCUCGCUCCUCAUUGGAUGGUGCUGACAAUACCGAAUACUGCUUUCUGGACAACGGGUCUUUGGAGCUUAUUGGGAGGUUGCUGCAGAUGUGAAGCCAUAUUUAUGCAAUUAUUAUGAUGUAUAGCCAAUGAAUUUUCUAUACUUGACUUUUUUCAUCUGUUUACACAAGACUGUGAUCUUUUCGCUAACUUUAAGCCAGUUUAGUACUUUUGUUUGGACCAUUUCUUCAAUGACAAUUCAAAACAGUCUAUAGCUAGUGUUUUACCCUUUUCAACUCUUGACGAUACGUGUUGUUCUUAAAGACUUCUAGAAUGUUCCAUUUACAUCAUCAGACAUUUCUUAUCCACAUUUCACCGACAUCUGAAAUGUUACAAUAUUGUUGAGAGCUGUUCGUGAAAUGACCACAUGGGAAGGUGGGUUUGGCAAAAACAAAUAAUGCGGAAACAAUUUGACACGUGCUUACAGUCCCACUGAAAGUCCAAGCAUGUCCGUUAUGGACACAUCAUUUGCGUUUCCGGAUUUUAUAUUCAUAAACUAUGAUUAUGGGAAUAAAAAUACAAUACAAUACAAUACAGUACAGUACAAUACAAAUACAAUACAAUACAGUACAAUACAAAUACAGUACAGUACAGUACAGUACAGU